CGUCCGGCCAGUGCGCAGGCGCAGUGCUGCCCUGCUCCGUGGAGACGGCGGCGGCGGCCACAAGUUGCACAGUGGUCGGUUGUCGUUCUGCACCGAGCUGGUGCUGCUGGUAAUGGUAUUAUUGUGACCGGAUGGAAGAAUCCAAGUCUUUACAGAAGAUGUCUUCCUCCCGUGAUAAGAGAUCAGACCCUUUUUAUAAACCCCCCAAUUCUGUCCAGAAGACCAGCGCAGAAAUAAUAAAUGAAGCCAGAAAUUCUCUUCGGACUCUGAAAACCAAAAGACCUUUCACACCAAGAGAAGAUCAAAGAAAACUGUUUGGUCCUUUAUCGUCCAGGACGCCAGACAACAGACCACCUUCCUCAUUCAGCCUGCAUUCCUGUAGCUUUGAAUCUCCUGAAUCAAGGCCGUUGUCUGGAACACGUUUAAGCCCUUUGCCGCAUAAACCUAAGCUUCCCUCUCUAGAAACAGAAGAUGAAAUUACACCAGCAGCUCCUCAGCCACCUCCGCACGCAGUGCCGUCUAGAAGGCCUAGUAGAACUCGGACACACUUGUUGAGAUCUCAUGGAAACAUUUUGGCUGAAUCUGGAAUUCACCAAGUAGAGGGAAAGAGCUUGAACGGCUCAAAAGAAACUCUGUUGUUGAAGGAUACCUCUGAAGAAGACAGAAUGUCCCUCUCCUUAAAUAACCCCCCAAACCAGCUUGGCUCCAAUAUUUAUGGUAACCCAGAAGCACAAGGAAGAGCUGAAGAGCCAUCAACCCCACAAGAUAACAAGAGCAGGGACAUUGGCGGAAACAAGAGCAAAUCUCCAUCUCCAAAUGAUUCCAAGAAGUCCGUACACAGAGCAGAAUCAACAGCAAAUGAAUCAGAAAGUGAAUGGGAGAGGAGUUACUGGAAUGAGAAAAUUUCACCAAUUCUGCAGGCUCUAGAGGCAGCACACCAAGAUGCAAACCAUGAAGACCUGUGCAGCUUGUGCGUCAAGUUGUGGAAGACCUUGGAUGAUGGCAGCAUGUUAGGAAAGAGAUGCAAAAGGCGAUCUCACAUCUUGAAGACUUUGUACAAGUUGGUUGAUGUUGGUUCAGAUAGACUUGGCCUUACCUUGGCUAAGUUAAUUUUAGAGCUGAGAGUAAGUGGCAAAAACCUCUUAAACAUCUGCAAACUUGUAUUUAAAAUAAGCAGAAGUGAGAACAAUGAUUGCCUCUUCCAAAGUGAUAACAUGAUGGGUGUGCUGCUAGAGGUCCUGCAGAAUGAAGAUGCACAAGCGAACAGUGAGGCCUUCUUGUAUUGUUUGGGGACGAUCAAAUUCCUGUCUGGGAAUACAGUGCUGCUCCAUGAAUUACUCAAAAAACAAGCAGUGGAAAUACUAGUAGAGUUAAUGAAGCAGAUCAUCCAAUUCAACGCCGUUCCGAAAAAUACUUCUUCAGAUAUGAGCCAUCUGCUAGUUCAGCUGACCGCAACACUAAGGAACCUCGCUGAUCUUGCCCAAUCACGUCCAAAGUUUCUUGCAACUAAUGCUUUCAUGGAGUUGUGCGUCCUGUUGGAGCAUUAUUUACAUGAUAAAGAUAUAUGCACCAAUGUUUCACGGAUACUAAGCAAACUUUCUCUCUACCACGACUGCUGCAUGGCUUUGGCAGAUUGCUCCAACUGCUAUACCAUAUUCUUGUCUGUACUAAACAAACAUCCAGAUAAACAGGACCUUCUUGUGCGCAUAAUUUUCACACUUGGGAAUCUUACAGCUAAGAGUGAUACGGCUCGUAAACAAUUUUAUGAAGUGGAAGGAAGUAUUAAAACUCUUUUACGUUUACUGCACGCUUACUGUGACCUUGACAAAAAGACACAGCGUGCUGUGUCUUCUGCAAAGGAAAAACCCAAGGGCCAAAAACAGCCCACUGAAGUGGAAGAUGUCUUAAUUAAAAUAAUACGUCUUCUGGCUAACCUGUCUGUCCAUCCGAAAGUUGGGGAAGACCUGGCAGCUGACCAGAAUUGUGUCUUACACCUAAUGCAGAUUCUAGAAUAUAAGUCAAUUAAUGAAUGUGAGGAGCUGGUGAUCGAUACCUUGGCAGCAUUUGGCAAUUUAUCUUACUAUCAAAAUGACACCUCUGUAAUUACCAAGAGAAGAAUGGAGAUUUCUAAUUUGCUAUUACAAUUGAUGCUGUCUAGCAACAUCGAGGGAAUACUUGAAGCUACUCGAGUUUACGGCAAUCUGUCUCAAUACCAGGAUGUGCAGGAUUUCAUUUUGGAGCAAAAUGUAUAUAAAUUCAUUGUUGCCUUACUGGAUUCUGGACAGCAAGAGGUCUGCUUCUCUGCCUGUGGGGUACUGAUAAAUCUGGCUACAGACAGUCAUAAGAAAACUUUACUGAAAGAAGAAGGGGCCCUUGAAAAGUUGGUUGAGUGUUUGCGGGACUUUGGAUGCUCAGACUGGCAGCUGGCUGGACUAGUGUGCAAGGCUUUCUGGAAUUUCAUGGACAGUGCAACAGAUGCAGGACUGUACAUUGGAUUUGAAGAAACAAACAAACUUUUGGACCUCUUGUCCGCCUACCUUGAUGAACAGGUUGCACUGGAUUGUCGGUGGAAUGUAGACUUAAUGGACUACCAAAGGGAAUGCUGGGAAGCAGAAUUUAAACCUGUGGCUUCACUGCUCUUGGACAAAAUUCAUGGCCAUCCUUCCUAUCUGGAGCCCUUGCCAGAUCCAGUUUAGUCUUGUUGGAAGAAUGUGAAUCAUCUUGGCUGCCCCUCAGAAGUGUGUCUUCUUCCUUAUCCUGAGAUUCUGACAUUGUAUAGUAAUUUAUUGAUUGCAGAGCAAUGGUGGUAUGGUGAUUUGACAAUGCUCUCAAUUGUGUCUGUCUAUGGGGAAUAUGUGUAUAAGAAGUGCACAUUUAUCAGCUGGAAAUAAACGCAUAUUUUAUUAGUUUUCACAUUUGAACAAUAAAAA